UGUCUUGUAUUUGAAACAGCAAGAGCCAUAGAAACCCGAAACCCUUCUUCACUCUGCAACUUUCACUUCACACAACAAUGAUGAUGGCAGGUGCAGCCAAAACCCUAACCAAUCUUUGCCCCUCUUUCCCAUUCCCAACCAAACCCCAAAACCAACUCACCACUAGCCACGCUUUCCCUUCCACUCGCCUCCGCCACCGCGCCAUUUCCGCGGUGGCGAACGCGGCGCAACCUCCACUCGCCGCCGCCACUGCCACCGAGGGUCAGUACCGAGUCGAUGUGCUCUCGGAGUCGCUCCCCUUCAUCCAGAAAUUCCGCGGCAAAACCAUCGUCGUCAAGUACGGCGGCGCCGCCAUGAAGUCCCCGGAGCUCCAGGCCUCCGUGAUCAACGACCUUGUCCUCCUCUCCUGCGUCGGCCUCCGCCCCGUCCUGGUCCACGGCGGCGGCCCCGAGAUCAACUCCUGGCUCGGCCGCCUCAACAUCCCCGCCGUCUUCCGCGACGGCCUCCGCGUCACCGACGCCGACACCAUGGAGAUCGUCUCCAUGGUCCUCGUCGGAAAAGUCAACAAAACCCUAGUUUCUCUAAUUAACAAGGCCGGCGCCACCGCCGUCGGCCUCUCUGGCAUGGACGGCCGCCUCCUCACCGCCCGCCCCGCUCCCAAGGCCGCCGACCUCGGCUACGUCGGCGAGGUCGCACGCGUCGAUCCCGCCGUCCUCCGCUCCCUAAUCGACACCAGCCACAUCCCCGUCGUCACCUCCGUCGCCGCCGAUGAAUCCGGACAGCCCUACAACAUCAACGCCGACACCGUCGCCGGAGAAUUGGCAGCGUCGCUCGGCGCGGAGAAGCUGAUUCUGCUGACCGAUGUGGCGGGAAUUCUGGAAGAUCGGAACGACCCUGACAGCUUGGUGAAGAAGAUUGACAUAAAAGGAGUGAAGAAAAUGAUGGAAGAUGGAAAAGUUGGUGGUGGAAUGAUACCUAAGGUUAAUUGUUGCGUUAGGUCCUUGGCGCAAGGGGUUAUUACAGCGAGUAUUAUUGAUGGUAGGGUUCCGCAUUCUUUGUUGCUUGAGAUUUUGACUGAUGAAGGUGCUGGAACUAUGAUAACUGGAUAAGUUUAUUUAUUUAUGGUGUUUGGAUUUUUUCUUUUCAAUCAAGCCUUGAGUUGAGGUUGCAUUGCAGCACUUGUUUUGUUAGAGAUUGGUGAUUGUUUUUAAGUGCGUGUAAUGUGAGAGAUGGUUGAAUUGAAUUGAAUGUUUCAGAAAUUGCUUGGAUUACAUCCAAAAGACAAGAAAAUUGGGAUAAUGGAUUCCGGAAGAAAUGUUAGAGAAAGAAACUAAUUAAUGAAUUCUGCAAAUUUUUUAUUA